CUAUACUACACUAAGUCUACAUACAUCUCUCUAGUACAUCUUGAUUACACGUAACCUAAAGAACAUGAUGCUUCGUUGGUUAAGUCUCGUGUGUUUUUUCAUGAUCGUUAACAAAGCCUACGCUAGAGAGUUUACUGUCGGUGGUGCAAAAGGUUGGACCGUUCCUUCUGGUUCUCAAGUUUACAGUCAAUGGGCAGAGAAGAGCAGAUUCCAAGUAGGCGACUCUCUACUGUUCGUCUACCAACCAGACCAAGAUUCAGUGCUCCAAGUCACAAAAGACGCUUACGACAGCUGCAACACGGAUGCACCAACCGCUAAAUUCGCUGACGGCAAAACAUCCUUCGCACUAACCCACUCUGGACCUUACUAUUUCAUCAGCGGAAACAAAGACAGCUGCAACAAAAACGAGAAGCUCGUGGUCAUAGUCAUGGCUGACAGAAGCGGCAAAUCAUCACCUCCGUCUCAAGCCCCGGCUCCCUCAGGAGAAGCCGCUCCUUCUCCGCCUUUCACAAGCAACCUUGAGCCCCCAGCAACUACGCCUACAUCUCAAGAAACUCCAAACAGUGCAGCUUCCUCAUGUUCUUCAUUUGUCUCUGCUCUUCUCGGGGCUGCUCUUGCUUCCACUCUAUUUCUACACUUAUAAGUUUAUGUUUUGUCUUUUGUUCUCAUUCUCUUUCCACGUGUGUUUGUGUCCAUUGGUGUUUGUUGUUUGAUUUUUUUUUUACCCAUUUGUUUCUCAUUUUGAAUGAAUAAAAGUUCUACU